GCCUUGGCCAAAGCUUUGGCCAAGGCUUGGCCUAAUGAUUGGAAUGCGAGGAGCUAUGUGGUCUUCCGGACCAUCUCACAGAACUUCGGAGGGCUCCCACCGAGCGCAACAAGCUCGCAGAGCCAGUAUCCCGGACAGGCCUUUGCCCCGUGCUCCUUCCUUCAAUCGCAAGGGGAUCGGCUGAUCGGUGGAUCCUGGAGGCGAAUGUCGGUCAGUGUGGUGCAGAUGCUGGAGAACAACCUCAGAGACAGGCAUGCACGGCACCUGAUGCUCGUUUGCCGGGGAGAAGUGGAUGUUGCGUUGACCUUGGUCCGGCGAGCCGCGGAGAAGGAGCACCGGAAUCUGCAGAUCAUGAUGGGGUCUACCUUCACGGAAGACCAAAGUGACCACUACAGCUUUGGUCUCCUCAGGAGGGUCGUGCUCAGCAUGGAGCGAGGAGACUUGCUGGUGAUGCGAGCACUUGAAGCCAUCCACGGCUCGCUCUAUGAUAUGCUCAAUAUGAGCUACACCACCUUGGGCAACAAGCGGCACUGCCGGAUUGCCCUUGGCGACACCGACAUCUUCGCGCAGGUGCACGAGAACUUCCGCUGCGUGGUCCUGCAGGACGCGGAUCAGCUGCACCUGGCAGAUGCCGCCUUCUUGAACCGCUUCGAAAAACAUUACGUUUCCAUUAGCGACAUGGUGACGAGUCAGGUACAUCGUGAGGCAGUGAAACAACUAGAAGGGCAAGCUGCGAGAGCAACCUCAGGACCGCGGCUGAACGAUAAGCCGGAGGUGCAGUCCUUGUUUGCCGGUUGGGGGCCUGAAACCUCUGCAUCCUUGAUCAACUACGUGGCGGCAAGUAGCAGUGAGACUCUCCUACCAGGGCAGCUGGUGGCAAAGGCAUGGCACCAGCUGCUGCCUUGCGCCUCUGUCGACGGCAUGUUGCGCGCCACCGAGCUGUCCCAUUGGGCGCAGGAUCUGUCUGUGGAGCCCAAUGAUGUCAAGGACUGGCGUGAGCAAUUCUUUGCUCAGCCACAGUCGCUUCCCGAUUGGCUCGUUGCCAACGGCUGGCAGGCUGCACCCGGUGAAGCUGCGAUCCGCUACGGGGUGGUCCUUACGACCUCGCCGCUACAGAUUGAUCUGAAACAGAUCUUGCACGAUACUGUCCCAGCCUUCCAGUGCGUGGCCGUGGAUGCGUUGACCUCUGAGCUGGACCUCAGCCAAAAGCUUGAGGACUUCAACGAUGCUCAACUGCCUCCAGGGGCGGUGCUGGUGCUGCAGCUCCGGGCCGACUCGCCGCACGUGGAGCUUCUGAAGCACCGCUGCGCUGAGCUCCGGGAGAAUCGAAGGGCUUUGCUGCUCCUGCAUGGCUCGAGGCGCUUGAUGAGGUCUUCAGCGUUGCGCGUCGGCCUCAGCUUUCAGAGGGGCUGGAAGCAAGUCUUCUUGGAGCGCUUGACCAAGGAGACAGUCCUUGACGUGCACCAAUGCGUCAAGAUGGAGCUUCAGGAUUUCCUCAAGGAUGACGGGCCAAUGCCUUUCGAAGCAGUCUUGAAAAGUGUGCUAUCGGAAUGUUUUUGGUACAUCAAGUACCCUCCCACGCAAGCAGCGGCUUUGCACGUGAAGGAGGUUACAGAGCUAGUGCUGAAGGAUAAAGACCUUUUGGCAUUGCUGCGGCGGAUUUGCAUGGACAAGCUGAACGCUUGGCAAUCACAAGGACAAGUCUGGUGGCACAAGGUGCUGAAAGAUAUGCAGCGCCAAGCAGGCCAUGCAAGCUUCGCCGACUGCAUCGAAGCCUUUGUGCGGCAAGCGGUGCGGGGCCCCGCGGCCGUCUUUUUGUAUCUUCUGGAGAAGAGCUGCGCAUUGAAGACUUUGAGCUUCUACCCUGACGAUUCUGCACUCCGCCGGUCCUGGUUUCAGCUUUGCGAAGAAGAGCUGCUGCCCAAGAUUCAGGAGGUGCCAGAGCCGACGACCCCGGAGCAAUAUGCAUAUCCUCAACAUCUGCAGUCCUUGCGGGUGCCUUUUGCUGCCCACUUCGCAGAGCAGUUGGAUUCUUUCCGCUCGACCUUCUUCGAGCACAAGCUGCAGAAUGUUCACCACCAGGACCCUCGCGUUGGAGAUUUGAGGCGUGCGAUGGAGGCCUCGAUCAGCGAGAAGUGGCUGUCCAUGCUGAAGGAGCAUCGUGAAGCCUACGCCCAAGACUUGGCUGCCUUGCGGUUGACCGCCGUGCCUCUCUUGCAGAAGGAUCAACAGCUUUUCCUCCGGCCGAUCUUGCAGGACGAAGUGAAGAAUCGCGGCAUCACCGAGCUCCAUCAGUUCCUAUGGAGACAUCAAGGGACCCUACAGCUGGCUUUGAGGCAGUUGGCAGCAGUCCCGGCUGACUUGAGAGAUUUGACUGGCUUGAUGGGCAUCCUUCAUGGGAGAGAUCAACGGUUUCCAGAGAAUGUUCAGAAGAUGAUGGGCACCAUAACAUCCCACGCAUGUGCUGCAGUGCACCCCUGCCCUGCGACACUUCAGACACUGGGCAUCUCUUGGCUUUGGGUUGCCAAGAGAUGUCUCUCAGCAGCACGCAGCUGCUUGGAACAUUCAGAGCACUUGCCGGUCGAGGUCAGCGCACUCAGUGUGGUCACUGAGCUGAGCUUGAAGAUUGAGACGAAGAACCUUUUGGACUUCUGGACGGAGCUGGCCAUCGAGCCGAUCCGGAGCGCAGAUCAACUGAGUGACUUGGUGGGGCGGACGCUGAAAGCGGCCGAAGUGCAUUUGACCGCCCGUGCACAGCAGCGGUUCCAGCUCUUCGCACACCAACGGUUGCUGAAGCAUGGAGUGUCUGAAGGUGUCCUGCCCUCAGUGCUGGUGGGUUCGCCAGCUGUGGCGACUGCUGUGCUGGUGCGGGACUUGGUGCAGGCGGCUGCCCUGGACGAUCCCAACUGCUUCAUCGGACUUCGGAACCCCAGCAAUGGUGGUUCCAAUGCAUUGAAGGCCUUGGAGUGGCUUGCAAAACAGGCCGGUGCUGGAGCGGCCUUGAGUGCGGUCAUAUGCGUGGAGAUCCAGGACCAUGGCUUUCCAUUUUUGGACAUUAAGCGCUCCGAGUUUCUGGAAGCAAGGAGAAUCUCCAACGCCGUGGACCUUUUGCGGUCUUUGUCGGUUGGUUCCUUUAGCCUGGAGCACCUCUCGGCCUUGGCGCUCUUGCGGCUCAGCGCCCAAAGGGCCGCAGUGGCCAUCAUCGAGGAUGACUCCUUGUGGGACGGCUUAGAUGAGGUCUUGGAUGCAGCUUGCAGACCUGGAGGUGAAGAUCCCCUUGGCCUGGCUCCCUUGCUCCGCGGCACAGUGCUCCGGGAGGUGAGCGACAAGGUAGCCAACCAGGACAUCCUCUUGCAGCACGGCCGACAGAUUCAGUGGCUUUCAGCUAGCUUGCCACGGCCAGGGGAUGCACCCUUGCUGAAGGGUCCAGUGCCCAUGUUCCUCGGUGGCUUUCUGCCAGAAGCUGUGGAUGCUGCACAGGUGAUCAGCGAAGCUGCGGGGUGCCAACAAAACACGCCCGCGUUCAUGGAACUCACAGAGAAGAUGGACGAUCCGACCUGGCGCUUUGCGCUCUUCGCCGCCUCAGCGAGUCUGCUGUGCCAAGCGGAGGUGGAUGAUGCGAGGGAGGCUGCAAGGGGCUGGCUUGCAGAUCAUCCCGCCCUGCGGAGCCUAUCUCCGUUGAUGAGGGCAAACAGGGAGGCCCUGCCCAGCGAGAUUCGGCUUCAGUUGCAGGUGGCGCCCCUUCCAUUGCUCACUGCGCUGCACCUCGCUGCGGCCGUUUGGACAGCGCCAGGUGGAGUUGGAUUUGCGGGACCUUUGAAGCAAGUGGCUUUGGGUCGCUUGAAGGGCUUCUUACCAGCCAUGCCUGAUGAUGAAGAGGAGAUGAUCCUCCACGCGCUCUUUGACGGCUACCGUACUGGGCAUUUUGGGAGCGGGCAUACAAGAUAUCAGUGCCAGUGUGGUUUUAAGUACAUUGUCGCAGACUGUGGCCAAGCAGUGGGCACUGGAAGGUGUCCGAACUGUGGUCGGCCCAUUGGCGGGGUCCAAUACGCAGAUCACGGCAACAGGAGGCUCGACGCACAACCCCGGCAAGGGCAUGCAGGUGAAGCCGGCUACAUUCGCCAUGCUGCAUCCCGCGAGCGCCGGCAAGCGGUCCGAGAGCUGACGCCUUUGCCAUACAGGGCUUUACAUUUCCUGAUGCACUCUGCCCUCUUGGGUCAACUCUUCGAGCAUUCGGGGAGAUUCUCUGGAUCAUUGAAUCUCCAGAGCAUUUUGGAACACUUGAAUGCUGAUUGGGAUGUGAUGUCUGUCAUUCUGGAGUCAUCGCCAGUGGCAGUCCUCAUGGAUAUCGCACGCCACCUCCUCUUUCCCACCGAGAGCGACAUGUCCGCGCUGUCCCACCUGGGCGACAUGUCCGUGAGCGAGCGCAAGACCUGGGAGAAGCGACUCUCGCAGGCCGUGCUGGAGCCCGCAUUGGAGCCAACUUCACGCGCGGACUUCGAGGCACAGCUGGACUGGGGGGCCUCCCUCGGUGAUGCCAAGGAAGCGCUGCCAUUGCUAUUGGCAGAUCGUUUGGCGCCUCCCAACUUGAGAAUGCCAGCUAUUCUCUCUGAGCAGCGAGAGGAGACACUGCACACAGGUGGGGAGUCCUCUCCUGUGCCAGAGCUCCUCACGAUGCAAGGGAGCAUCCUGGAGCUGGGCGCUGGCGACUUGAGCUUCGCACUCAGCUUCGCGCGAGCACAGUCGGGCUUCGAGCGAUCGGCGGACCUCACCGUGACCACCCUGGAGCAUUGGCAGGUGGUGCAAACGCGUUAUCCAUCUGCUGCUGCGAAUCGGAAUGAAUUGGAAGGCCACGGGGCCCGAUUUCUGGACCAAAUCGACGGCACGGACCUGCAGUCGACCAUGCCUGGCGAAAGGUUUGAUGCCAUUAUUUUCAACUUCCCCUAUGGAGGGACUUUCUUGCAGAAUGUGAAUAAGAUGAAGCAUGGCAAUGGCCUUCAUCGUGCGCUACUUGAAGGCGUUCUUGCUUCUGCUCGCUCAGUAUUGACCAGCAAUGGCUGCGUUUGGAUGACAUUGCUGUGGAGUCAAAUCCAGGACUGGAGCGUCGCGGCACUGGCUCAACGCAACGGCUUUGUGCUGAGCAAGACGGAAUCAUUUCCGCGCAGCCGUUUUCCAUAUUACACGCCGGUCUGGGGCGAUGAUCGCGACUUUGAGCGGCGUCAACCAUGGCAAAUCUACGCAGGGAAGCCCGCUGUGCUUUGCUGCUUCGUGACGCCUGAAGCCAAGCGCCGCCGCCAUGCCGCGCGCGCCGCAUCCGCAGCAGCAACGCCGGCGGUUCCAGCCGCCACACGGGCCGCACCUGCAGAAGGCGCUGCUGGUUGCAGAGAUGAGGAGUUGAAGCUUGGCCUUGGGCGGAUGCUGCGCUUGGUUGAGAAGCCCACCAUGAACAGGUUGGAGAGGGAGUUCCAGCUUUCAGCCGAGCUUGCUGUCAAGUAUCCACUUCUGGAUUGCGCCCUGAAGAGCAGCGAGGCACUCCACUUGGCAGCUCAUUUGGCGCCGAUCUUGGAAUUCCAAAGAUUUCUCAAACGACACUUAGAGUUUGAAGUCAGCCGCGCGGACGCCAAUACCUGGAAGCUGCGCGAUGUGCUUUGCAGCUUAAGGGACGCAAGCCACAGCGCUGAGAGCGGCGAGGCUGGCGCCAGUCAUCAGUCAGAGGCGGCCACCUUCGCGCGGAAUCGAAAGCGAUUUGAGCGGUUCCAAAGUGCAUGGACUGCAUGCAAACAGGCGGGGUGCAUGAUCCGCUAUGGGUGCAAACAGCUACCCGAGGCACCCGAGAUGACCUUGGAAUCUCCUGUAAGUUUGUGCUGCCCAGAUGAGACCACCGACGCAGGAUCCUUUGUAUUGGCCUUGGUUCAAAGCCUCGUGGAUCGGCAAAACAGUUUCCUCAAGGAGGUCCUGGCCAUGGCCUCUCGCGACGCUUUGGGUGCUGCAGCGGCGGUGCGCAGCGUGCUGGAGUAUUGGUUUCAUCCAGGCCACGUCUGCUUGCCCAUUGUGGGGAUUGAGGAGGUGAACGAGACACACCUUUUGGUUCACAGCACAGAGGAGGACCACUUUGCGUGGAUGACUGGCUUCGGUGCUUCCGGCGCCUUGUGUGGUUGGGAAGAAGAGAUGCAAGCAGAUGCAUCGGAGUUGCUGGUGCCAGGAGCAAGAUGCGUCUUUGACUGGAACCUCUUGGAGCAGGAAGUGGCCGAGAGACUUCUGCAAAAGGCUGUGCAAAUCGACUUUCGAGUGGAGAACUUUAACUUUCCGUUCAAAGGGGAAGCCUUCCUGAAUGACUAUCGCUUCUUGGAGGAACUUCAUGAGCGGGUCCCACAGGAGCUGAGCCCGGACGAGCCACGUGCCUGCCUCAUGUCCACCGUGAAGGCCGCAGGCUUAAUGGCCUCCCUCCAGGCGACCAUCGCGGCCGUCCGACGACUCACACCGGAGCCCGGCUUGUCGUUGGACGACUUCUGCAAGAACUGGUUCCACGGGUCGCAUUUGCAAGAACUCCUGGCACGGAAGGAAGCGACCUGCCGCGGCUUGAAUGUUCAGCACCUCGUCCACUUGUUCGAAUUGGUCGAAGUUCAAGCAGCAAAGGACCUGGCACAGGAAGCAGGGUCCUUGCCGAAGCGAUAUUGCGUGCCCUUGCCUGAAGGCCUCCCAUGCCUCCAGAACUGGAUGGGAUCACGAGCCCGUGAGAUCCAAGAGAUCUUGUUGAGGAUUUACAUCCGUUGGCUCACCCAUGGACGUCUACAGCCCUCGGAGUUCAUCGCAGACUAUGCGGAAAGGGCGUCGAGGCUUAUGCAGCCCUAUCAGAUGGACGUGAAGGAGAUCUUUGGGGAUUUGCAGCUAGCUCAUGUACAGGCUGCGCUAACCUUUGCUUCCAACAGAUGUCCCACGGAGUGAAGGUUGGUCUGAAAGUCUGAAUUUGGCCAACCCGGACCAUUCUGCUCUGAAGAAGAGAGCUUCAUAGAGAAGCAGUGGUUGGUUAUGUGGUUCGUCAACCAUAGAUGCUGCAGUAGGUUGUGUUGCUGUUCUUAUUUGUGCCACAUGGUUGUCUAUUUGUGUUGUUCCAAGAGCCACGCUUUAGGUUUUGCAUGCAGAUCUCAACAUUGC